CGUAGGAGAUGGUAGUCUCAGACAGCAGUUGGUUGGGCGCGCGUAGUGCGUGUGUGUAGUGUCCGUUGACAACACUAGCGCCAGUCUAUAGACAUCGAGAGGUGAUUCGAUUUUGUGAACUAAUGCUGGCAGCGUGAAGCGGUCAGUACGUGUGCCAUUCUGCACCGAGAAAUGGAAACCAACGAGACUCGUUCGAGUAAUACGAGCGCGAACACGUUGCCGAUGUUCGAAGUGUGUAAAGAUGCAGUGACAGCUGUGCACGUUUACGCGUUUUAAAUCUGUUAUGAUUGAGAAGAUGACGAGUAAAGCCGGACGCCGACCAGCUGCGAGUCCGAGGAAGAGAUUGUUGUAAUCGUCGCCGUCGCCGUCGUCGUCGUCGUCGCCGUCGUCGUCGUCACACGUGCCGAAACUUGUGUGAACGUGCGUUUUGGUUUGUUGGUUUGUUUCAUCGAAACCGUGUUACAAGUUUUACCAAGCGAAACGGUGCGGGUGUACGAACCUCUUUGGAUACAACUUAACAAGAUGUGGUGUCUCGUUAGUCAAGCAAACUCCGUCAUCCUCGAAGUGCAAGUCGAUCCCAAAGCCAUUGGUCAGGUGUGUCUCGAGAAAGCAUGCGACUGUUUGGGCAUCAGCAAGGAGUGCGACUACUUUGGCUUGAAAUACCAGAACGCGAAGGGCGAGGAACUCUGGUUGAACCUGAGGAAUCCCAUAGAGAGACAAACGGGUGGCGGCGUAGCGCCUCUAAGAUUCGCAUUGAGGGUUAAGUUUUGGGUGCCUCCUCACCUGUUGCUGCAAGAAGCCACCAGGCAUCAGUUCUACUUGCACUCUCGUUUGGAGUUACUCGAGGGUAGAUUGAAAGUGUCGGAUUGGGCUUCCGUGGCACGUUUGGUCGCUUUGAUAGCGCAGGCCGACACAGGCGAUUACGAUUCGCUGUCACCACCGAACGCGCUCUACUCGCAAUGUUGUCAAAUUCAAACGGCGGAGUCGUGCGAAUCCAGACCUCAGGACUUUCUCCAUCGGAUAGUUCAACAACACAAGGAGAUCAAGGCGAUGAAAACCUCCACAGCCGAGUAUUGGUUGCUGAAGGAGAUAUCGAAUUUGGAUACGUUCGGCCAGGAGAUGUUUCACAGUAAAUUCGGGUACAACGGAGUGUCGAUGAUCGGAGUCGGACCUCAUGGUAUCACGGUUUAUCGUAAUCACGACGAGGAAACGCAAAACAUACCAUAUACGGCGAUACAAAGCGCAACGACUCAACGUCGAAUGUUUCAUUUAGUCUACCUCUCGCUCGACGGCGAGGAGACGUCGUUAAAUUUCAAAUUAGACUCGAGUCAAUCCGCCAGUGGACUUUACCGGGCGAUUACCGAGAAGCACGCGUUUUAUAGCUGCGAGACGGUCAGGAGCGCGGUUACGGCGCAGUUUAUACGCGACUUGAAGGGCACCAUUAUCUCGAUAUUCAACGAGGAUUCCACGUUAGGAAAGAAAUACGUGUUCGAUAUUCGCAGAACGUGCCGAGAGGUGUACGACAACGCACGGCGCGCUCUCUACUGCGAAGCUGCGACCGUUAGCCUGCCGGAGGAGAAGGAAAUUUUGCAGAAGCAGGAUUGCGGAGACUGCGAGGAUCCGAAAUGCAAGGAAUCUCGAGAAUGUCUAACAAGACUGUUGGACGCGAUGCUGUGCCGCAUUUGCAUGGACCGUAGUUUGGACACUGCCUUGUUUCCGUGCGGACACGCGGUAGCCUGCUUGGAUUGCGCCAGGCGAUGCGAACGUUGUCCUCUGUGUCGAGCCGACAUCGACCAUUGUCGCACGAUAUAUCUUCCGAUCGAGCUAACGCACGUCGACAAGCACAAUCCGAAAUUGCUCUCGGAAUCCAUCGAACCUAGUUACGGCAACUCUUCUACCGAGGAAAUUCAAAAGAGAAGCUUGCCAGCCGAAAGCUCCGUGGUAAACGGUGACGAUAUUUGAGAACGUGGUUGCAACAAGUUCCACGCUUCUCGAAGAUUCUUCUCUGGAAUCUUUGCUUGCCGGAUCCAGAGAACGCAUUGAGUUUUUCUCCCGUCUCUGUCUUUCCCUUUUGUCCUAUUAUUCCUUUGAUUUGCUC